CUGCAGUGAUCGGUUGCAAGUGAAAAGAAGCAAGAAAGCCUCCUGCAUACAAAGGACAAUGACAACCAGAAAGAGGCAGCAGCCCCAUCCUGCUCUGGCCUUGAAAGGGACUGGAUCCUAGGAGGUGGCAGCAUUUCCGAUCUAUUGUCCUCUGUCUCCCUCUGCUGUUCUUCCAGAGAAGGUUCCCCUUACAACAAUGAGAAAUCAUGUACUAGCUGCAUCCAUUUCUAUGCUCUCCCUGCUGGCCAUAAUGGGAGAUACAGACAGCAAAACAGACAGCUCGUUCCUGAUGGACUCUCAACGCUGCAUGAGGCACCAUUAUGUUGAUUCUAUCAGUCACCCAUUGUACAAAUGUAGCUCAAAGAUGGUGCUCCUGGCCAGAUGUGAGGGGCACUGCAGCCAAGCAUCACGCUCUGAGCCCUUGGUGUCCUUCAGCACUGUUCUCAAGCAACCUUUCCGUUCCUCCUGUCACUGCUGCCGACCCCAGACUUCCAAGCUGAAGGCUCUGCGUCUGCGCUGCUCAGGGGGCAUGCGACUUACUGCCACUUACCGGUACAUCCUCUCCUGUCACUGUGAGGAAUGCAGCUCCUGAGGCUUGCUGAUGAUUGGCUUUCUGGCUAGCACAACCACAGGAGCAGUUCAACCUGCUAGAGAAGGACUGGCAAGAAAAGAGUUAAGACAGAUAAAGAUGGAGCAAGUCCCACAGGAUUGUGCAUAUUCUAGUCCUAAAGACUCAAUGUGCUUUUGACAGAAAGUGACUCUGGGAACUUGCUUUCCAUUCCCAUCUCCUUUCCCUGGAAGAAUUUCUUUGGUUACUUUUCAGAUUCAGGCAUUUCCCCUGUUGGCUCUGAUUGUGGUUUGGGUGCCUGACAGCUCUUCAUUAGUGGGAAAAUGUGGGGCCCUGUACAAGAGCUUGUCAGGCUGUCCCUAUUUGGUGCAUAUUAGGGAAACAUUUACCUAACUCUCCUUAGGAGAUCUCCGGUUGUUGUUUCCCCUUGUCAUUUUGGCCUAAGAUUUGCCUCUAAAGGUUUCCAGUUUCCAGAUCUGGACACCGAGUCCAUGUAUAUGUUUAGUGAGGUUUACUCACAGCCAGCUAACUGCUACUAAAAUAACUAACACACGGGUUCUUUUAUGUGACAGCAGGAUUCCUGACCACUAUUGUAAUUGUUCAGAAAUGACUUAGGGGAUAAUAUAAAGUUGGCAGAGAACUUUAUAAUCUGAAGGCUUUUGCAGGUAAAUGAUCGUCAACUUUUGUGGAGGAAGCAGGCUUUCACACAUACACACUCAGAUGGAUCGCACACUGACUCUGGAGAAGGCAUACAUUAUACUUGGUGUGGAGAACACACCAUACUCAUAAUUGAGCAUUAGUCAGGCAUGUAGGAAUGUCCUUGUGGGUGUGCAAUAGCUUUAGCCAUAUCUUAGCUACAUCCACCUGUCUAUGUGAAGCUUGUUGCCAUAGUG